CUCUCUAUAAAACUGCCCACUCUAAGGAGGGACACUCUCUCUCAUCCCUAGUAUUCUUUCUCGGGGCUUACACCUCUCAGCUUUUCUCCAUGUUUCUCUCUCUUCUUUUUUCGCAAAAUACUCUCUCUCUCUUGCUGUUGCUCUGCAAUUUCUUCUCUCCGUGUUAUUUCUCUGAGCGUUUGUACAGUCUCGUCUCUCAUAAUCAUGCUUUAUUAAGCCUCUUUUAAUUUUCAACUUCACCGUGUUUCUCCCUCUGCAAUCCGUUUUCUCACUCUUUGUUCUCUCUGAACAUUUGAGCUCCUCUGUUUCCUCGAAAUCGGAUGGAUCGGCCUCUAUAACCGUGUGCUUCUUUUUAAAUCAGAAGACUUGGCCUUUGGAGCAAUAUCUCUUCAACUGAACUUGAAGCAAUUAGAUAACAGAUGAAUGAAGAGGUCAAAAUUUUCUCCCAUCUAAGAUUGAAGGAAUCACAAUAGAGAGCAUCAUAGAAAGAAGGAAAUUUAGGAAGAGAAGCAAUAAAGCUCACCAAAUAAAGAAGACAGAGAGUACAGCACAAAAGGGCCCCAAAAGAUACAAGUUCACAUUUCUCCUGUUCAAGAUUAAUUGCAAAAUUGAUCAAAGAGGGCAUUGGAGAGAAGGAAGUGCAAGAAGUGAGCGAAAGAGAAUUCAUCAAAAAAAGAAAGAGAGAUAAAAGAAGAAAUUAGGCAGCCAUGAGCAACCUGAAACUGGGUGUGGAGGUAGUAAGUGCCCUCAACCUCAUGCCCAAAGAUGGUCAGGGAUCCUCCUCCCCCUUUGUCGAGGCCCACUUUGAUGGCCAAAAGUUUCGCACCACUAUCAAAGAGAAAGAUCUCAACCCUGUAUGGAAUGAGAAGUUUGUAUUCACUGUAACUGAUCCCGUAUCUCUACCUCACAAAUACAUAGAAAUUUACGUUUACAAUGAUGUGAAACCCUCUCACGCCAAGUCUUUCCUUGGAUAUGUUCGCCUCUCUUGCACAACGCUAGUCCCAGACUCAGAAGCCCUUGUUCAACACUACCAACUCGAGAAACGAUGGGUUUUAUCUCGUGUGAAAGGAGAGGUAGCCUUGAAAGUCUAUCUGAUUGAUCCCUUUAUGUCACAAAUGCACGACCCGCAAAAAUUGUCUGACCCACUGUUUGAUCUUCUUCAGCAAAAUGAUCCACUUCAUCUCAAUGAACCGCUUCAUAUCAAUCCCAAUGUAAACACCACUGCCACCACAACGAACACUAGGCAAUUUUAUCACCUUAACCGAAAUGAAUACCACUCAGAACCCACAAAGGGUGAGGUACAAAGUGACCUAAGGCCCCCGCCAUUGGUUGUAAGGCCGCAGCAAUCAGCUUAUCAAGGUCCUAUGUCUUCGACCUCAGGUGACUAUGCAUUAAAAGAAACAAGCCCGUUUUUGGGAGGGGGAAGAGUGGUAGGGGGGAGAGUGGUGCAAGUUGGGUCUAGUGGGGGUAAGCCAACAAGCACAUAUGACUUGGUUGAGAGCAUGCAAUAUUUGUUUGUGAGAGUAGUGAAGGCUCGAGACCUCCCUUCUGCUGAUAUGACUGGGGGUUGUGAUCCUUUUGUGGAGGUGAAGGUUGGGAAUUACAAAGGCAUCACGACUCACUUCGAGAAGAAGCAAAACCCCUAUUGGAAUGAGGUCUUUGCCUUCUCAAGAGAGCGGUUGCAAGCAUCAGUGGUUGAAGUGGUGGUGAAGGACAAGGAUUUGGUAAAGGAUGAUAUAAUGGGUUGUGUGAGGUUUGACCUUAAUGAGGUCCCAACACGUGUGCCCCCCGAUAGCCCCCUUGCCCCUGAAUGGUAUCGCCUUGAAGACAAGAAGGGAGAGAAGAUAAAGGGUGAGCUUAUGCUUGCUGUUUGGCUUGGGACCCAAGCCGAUGAGGCCUUUUCAGAAGCGUGGCACUCAGAUGCAGCUACUUUGAAGACUGAUAAUGUCAAUAGCAUUCGGUCAAAGGUGUACGUUGCACCCAGACUCUGGUAUGUGCGUGUGAAUGUGAUUGAGGCCCAAGAUCUGCACAUUCCAGACAAAACCCGGCUCCCAGAUGCCUUUGUGAAGGUUCAGCUUGGCUCUCAAUUCCUCAAGACCAAGCCAGUCCAAAGCCGAACCUUAAGCCCAGUUUGGAACGAGGACCUCCUGUUUGUAGCUGCUGAGCCAUUUGAGGAACCACUCAUAUUCACUGUAGAAGACCGAGCUGGCCCCAACAAGGAUGAAGUCUUGUGUCGAGCUGAUCUCUCUCUCACCUCUGUCGAGCGUAGAGCCGACGAUCGGCUCAUCCACUCUCGCUGGCUCUACCUAGAGAAGCCUAAGGAUGCCAUCUUGAUCGAUGGGGAUGCAGUUAAAGAGGCAAUUAAAAAGGAGAAGUUCUCGAGCCGACUCCAUGUAAGGGUUUGCUUAGAUGGUGGAUACCAUGUGUUGGAUGAGUCGACUCAUUAUAGUAGUGAUCUAAGGGCAACUGCUAAACAGCUUUGGAAGCCAUCAAUUGGGGUAUUAGAACUUGGGAUUUUAAGUGCUCAAGGCCUAAACCCAAUGAAAUCUAGGGAAACUCGAGGCACUUGUGAUGCAUUUUGCGUGGCUAAGUAUGGGCAAAAGUGGGUUCGUACUCGUACAAUUGUGGAUAGUUUGGCACCCAAGUGGAAUGAGCAAUACACAUGGGAGGUAUAUGACCCUUGCACUGUGUUGACCAUUGGAAUGUUCGAUAAUGGGCAGCUUGCACAUGGUUCAGAGAAGGCUGGGGAGAAAGCGGGAGAGAAGGCAGCAAGUUUGGGCAAGGAUUUGAAGAUAGGGAAGGUGCGAGUGCGGCUAUCAACGUUGGAGACAGGGAGGGUGUACACACACUCAUACCCAUUGCUUGUCUUGCACCCAUCAGGGGUAAAGAAAAUGGGGGAGCUUCAUCUUGCUAUUAGGUUCUCAUGUACAUCCAUGUUGAACAUGAUGUACCUAUACUCCAAACCGCUUUUGCCUAAGAUGCACUACAUUCGCCCGCUCUCUGUUAUCCAGCUAGACUCACUAAGGUACCAAGCUACGGCCAUUGUGGCUGCUCGCCUUAGCCGCUCUGAACCCCCCCUCAGAAAGGAGGUUAUCGAGUACAUGUCUGAUGUUGAUUCCCACCUAUGGAGCAUGCGUCGGAGCAAGGCCAACUUCUUCAGACUCAUGUCUGUCUUCUCUGGCCUCCUUGCUACCGGAAAAUGGCUCGGGAAUAUUUGUGCAUGGCGGAAUCCAAUUACCACGGUGCUUUUUCACGUGCUAUUCCUCAUCCUCGUUUGCUUCCCUGACCUCAUCCUCCCAACCGCCUUCUUGUACAUGUUCUUGAUUGGGUUAUGGAACUUCAGGUAUCGACCGAGGUACCCACCCCACAUGGACACGCGACUCUCGUACGCUGAGGCUGUACACCCAGACGAGCUCGACGAGGAGUUUGACUCAUUCCCCACAUCUCGGCAUGCUGACAUAGUGCGCAUGCGAUAUGACAGGCUACGGAGUGUCGCCGGGCGGAUACAGGCGGUGGUUGGGGAUGUGGCCACACAAGGGGAGAGGCUCCAGGGAUUGCUCAGCUGGAGAGACUCUAGGGCCACCGCUAUCUUUGUGGCCUUUUGCUUUAUUUCUGCUGUGGUUCUUUAUGUUACACCACUGCAGGCAGUGGUCGUGUUUUAUGGAUUCUACCAUAUGAGGCACCCGAGGUUUAGACACAGGCUUCCAUCUGCUCCUCUCAACUUCUUUAGGCGCUUGCCAGCUCGAACUGAUAGUUUGUUAUGAAGAGGAGCAUCUUAUGGGGUUUGGGCUCUUGUCAUGGCAUUUAAGGUGUUGAUGGCCUCGGCAAAAUCUCCAAGGUUCGAAUCCUUGCUUACCCAAAAUUAGAAAAAGCAGGUAGUAUCCACUUUCACACACCUGAUCUCAAUGUGAAGUGGUACCAGCAAAAUUGCCGAUACUCGGAUAUGGCUAUGAAGAAGGCAACUGCAUUAGUUUUUUUUUCUUUUUUGUGAUUUUACAUGGUUUUAAAAUGUGUUAGACCCUGAUAUGCCGACUAUUGCAGGAAUUUGUGCAUUGUAGCUUUCUGGGAAGAAUAAAUUGUUGCCAACUUGUUUGUGAUUUUGCACUGGGUUUGUAAUCAUUGGCGGUAGGAUUACUGGUCAUUGGUGGACUAGGGUUAGGGGUAUGAUAGGUAUCUUUCGUUAUUUUUCUUUUUCUUUUAUGUAAUUUUUUUCUGCUUCAUUUUAUCUUAUUUAAGGUGUAUUAUGUAAAUUGACUUCUUGAUCUUCCACGCACAGCUGCCCAAGUAUCCAUAUACUACCUUGUCAUAAGCUAUGCAUUUUGAGAAUAAUGUCAGCAAGCCUUUGUUUACGUUGAA